CGUUGUUGUAGUGUAAGGGAACAGUGAACAAUUUCACAGCCUUAUGAUUCGACCGACUUAUUUCCAUUUCUAAUUAUAAGAACACGAGUAUCAGCAUCUAACAAUUCAGACAAAGAAUUUACCCAAAAAAACACAAAAAUCCAAAUCAAAUCAAAUCAUGAACACCAUGAAACUCAGACUCAGAUCUUUCGAAUCCAAAGAAACCCUAAAAUUCGAAGUUCCCGAUCCAUGUUCUCUUCAACAACUCAAAUACACCAUUUCUACCCUAAUCCCUUCUCCUUCUUCUUCCUCUUCUUCUCUUCAUCUUUCCCUCAACAGAAAAGACGAAAUCAACACUUCUUCUCCGACCGAUUCCCUCCACUCAAUCGGCAUCGCCGGCGGCGACCUCAUCUUCUACACUUUCAACUCGAACGCCUUCUCCGGUCAAACCCUCCCUCACAAACCUGCCGCAGAAAACCCUCCGACUUUCGCAGAAAAGCCCGCGGAAGUGCAAACCCUAGAAAUGGUGGAUGUGUCUGAUGAACCCGCGGUUUUAGCGGGGAAGAACAAUUCGGAACCUGAUUUCGUGAAAACGAUUCUUAAAGAAGCGCUUGGCGAUGAUGUUAGCGAUUUCAAACUUUUGGUAUUCGCAGUUCAUGCUGUUAUUCUCGAAUCUGGGUUUGUUCGUGUUGGUCGAGAUUCAGGGAAGGCGAAUGAUGACGUAUCUUCUUCUUCAAUGAUAUCUUUGAGGUAUACGCUUCCUGAGAUUGUUUCUAAAGGCUUAUCACAUGCUGUGGAUUUAAAAAUUCAAACUUUAGGGAAUUUUGUGAAUGUUUAUGGUUCGUUGUUUGAUGAUGUUGGGUCUAGGGUUCAUAGGGUUUAUUUAGAUAAAUUUAGAUUUGCUAAGCCUUUAGAGUUAAUGCUGGCAAAUUCUGAACCUAGUGCUAGUGUUAGUGUUAAUGUUAAUGAUGGUGGUGAUGAUGAAGUUUUUGAAUUGUGGAAGAUAGUGAAAGAUAAGCUUGCAUUGCCACUUUUGAUUGAUCUUUGUGAUAAAGCUGGAUUGGAUCUUCCACCUUGUUUUAUGCGACUUCCAAUGGAACUUAAGCUUCUGAUAUUUGAGUAUCUGUCGGGUGAUGAUUUGGCCAAAGUGUGUUGCACAUGUUCGGAGUUGUCGUACCUUGCGUCGAAUGAUGAGUUAUGGAGGAAAAAGUUUGAAGAGGAGUUUGGAGAUAGGGUGAAUGGUAUGAAGUUUUUUAAGAACUUGUUUGCACAUUAUCGGGCAACUAAGAAGAAAUCAGAACAACCACCGCCACCUUUUCGAAAUCCUCGGUCUGGUUUUAUGAGAUACUUUCAGAGGAGAAGAGGUCCUAUUCCUUUUGGAAUGCCUCCAAUUUGGGGUGGUGAGUAUGAUCUGCAGCCAAAUUUUGGUUUAAAUCUCCCCCCUGCAUACACACCCAGGCGAACUUUCUUUCCCCCAUGUCAUUUGGGAGAAUUUUGAUGAAUAAUCCGUGCUUGGACUUAACUGGUUGUGAAUGAUGUAAUAAGAUUUAUAAAAUGUUAUUCCUUUUGGUUAUACAUUUUGAAUAGAAUCCAUGUAUGUCUGAUAUUAGGAGGAAAUAAUUGUUUCUCAAUGUCUUUGGUUCCAAUGUUUGGGUAAAAACCAAUUUCUGUUCAGCAUCAGCAUGUAGAUGAUGAUGUUUCAGAAUAAUUUUUACCAAAUGGAGCCGCAUGUUUUUGCUGUUUAGAUUAUUUCAUUGUCACUGAGCUUUUUUCA